GUAUCCGUCUGUGCGCACUGUAGACCACAAUCGGUUGGCUGCACCAGGGUGCGCUUGCAGGGUUCGAGGGGAUAAUGGCAAGGGUUCUUAACCACGCUAACCCGUCCAGUCCAAAGGAAUCGCCACGUUAUGGACAAAGAAUGAUAUUCACAGGUCCUGACGGAAUAGGGGAUUACCGGACAAAACAACACGACUCCCCGCGAUUCAUUGGAAUUGGCCCGUUAUCUCCCGAGAGCUCCGCAGACCUGGACUACCUGUUCCGAGCUGCUCCCGGCACCCUGCCGCCCUUGUCGAAGGACGGCUAUGUUUGCGGUGUGGGCUGGGGACUUGAGUAUAGCUUUGCCCUGAACGCAAGAACUCUGCUCAGUGAUAACCAAUUUAAGCUCGGUGAAUUUCGCACAGCAAUGGAAGACAGAAUAACUCACAGAUAUCAAAAUCCAUGGUUUGAGCCGCCCCACUUUCUGGACAGGCAACCCGCAGGCGCCCGAGGCUGGAUGGCGUGGUGGACCCAGUAGGAAAACCCGAGAGUUCCUGUUGUGAACACAACACGCCGCAUUUACUAUCAGAAACACUAUGCCCAGAGAAAGGUGAUGGGUACAUCUCAGUCCAGCAACAUGGUCCUUCUCCCCCGGACAGAACACAGCAGAAGUGCAGCGCAAAAGCACUGCAGUCCACGUUCACCCAUAAGGCAAUAAAGAAGGAUGUUUCUGCGUAUGAACCAAAUAUCAGUUUCAUAAACUUUAUUUAUGUUCUAAA